GGGGGAGGGUCUUUGACAGUUAGUUGCUACAAGUAAAAUAUGUAAAAGAAAGGAAGAAAAGUCCGCAAAAAAAAGUCCGCAGAAAGGGCACCUCCAUCUUCAUAAGUACCAAAAUAGCUAAUUUUAGCAUUUUUCUAAAAUAUUUACUUGAGUCUCUUAAAAUAAUUUUAUUUUGCUCUGCAAUGUUUACUUUUCUAAUUUAUUUUUAGCAUUUUUUAAAGGCUAAAGAUGGAUACCUCACCAUCAGAGACAAACAAUUCUCCGCCUGAAAAACGUGGUAAAGUGGAGAUGGAAAGCGAUAAUGAGGAUAAAGAUGACACUACUUUAAAUGAACAACCUUUGAGAGCAGAAAUUAAUCUUGAAAUUGUUGCGAGUGAAGCAAAUGGAGGAGCUCGGCCUUCACAUUCUGUCCCGCUUUUGUCUAUUCCAUUUCAACAACGUCCAGCUUUUGAUAGCGGACACAGAAUUACACGUCUUGGAGGUAAAUAUCAUAUAAUUUUGGCCGUUACUGGAAGUGUUGCUGCUAUCAAAACAAAUGAACUUAUACAAGAACUUAAACGUCAAUCACCACCUAAUAAGCUUGUUGUAAAGGUUGUAACAACUCAAAGUGCUCUCAAUUUCUUUGACCCGAAGGAGAUGGGUGAUGUAACUGUAUAUGAAGAUCGAGAUGAAUGGAACAUGUGGAAGAAACGUGGAGAUCCUGUUUUGCAUAUUGAGCUUCGUAAAUGGGCAGAUUCAUUAGUUAUUGCUCCUUUGGAUGCUAAUACACUUGCAAAGAUCGCUAAUGGCUUUAGUGAUAAUUUAGUAACUUCUUUAAUUCGUGCUUGGGAUCAGAAGAAGUUUUUGUAUUUUGCACCAGCAAUGAAUACUGCAAUGUGGGAAAAUCCGUUAACUUAUCAACAUUUGAAGACGUUGAAGGAGCUUUUGCUUUAUAGGGAAAUUCCACCAAUCGAAAAAGAACUUAUGUGUGGUGAUAAGGGUUAUGGAGCAAUGGCGUCGCCUCAAAUGAUUGCUUCAAUUCUUGCUUCGGAUAUUAAAAAUAAAUUUGCAGUAUAUUCCUACUCUGAUUAUUAA